AUGAAGCUGUACUACCUAACCUGCGCUCUCCUGGCCAGCUUUGCCGUCAUUUGGGCCGGCAGUGGCGAAGAGAAGUCGGAGGCAAAGAAAGGAUCAUAUAAGCUACCCAGGCCACAGCACCUGAAGCAGAAUCAUCAUGGCCAGGGUUUCAAGCUGCUGUCCUUCGAUGCCAUAGGCAAGAACAUCGCCUUGGGCCUGGAUUAUCUGGUGCCCUUUCUGGAAGUUCCUGUCAAGCGAAAGCGGAAUGCUCCACCCAAGCCCCUUGUUAUAGUCAAUUCUGCUGCCGUUCUUAGCUGUGGCCUGGUGGUUGCAGGAGGACUCCUAGUUGGUCAUCUAAUUCGCAGCAUGGGACUAGAGGCAAUCACGGGAGAUGAUCACAAGCCCAUACUGGGAAAUGUUUCCAGUAACAAUACCAAGUCUUCGGAGGAAGAGGACACAUCCACAUCAUCCUCUACUCUGAGUGCUAACAAUGCCACCUAUCGAGGAAUAUUCGAAGAAGAGCUAAGCCUGCCCAGGAUCUUUGACAACUUUAAGCUGAUAUAUCGUAACGAAACUGGAGAUCGUGUGGCUACCAGUCUUCCCAAUAUUCUGGGCACCAUUGAACACUCUUUUCUAAAUAACGAUGUAGAUUUGUCAGUUUGUCUGCUGAAAUCCAUUUGCUCUGUGACCCGCAGCGCUGGGGAUAAAGUCCUUCAGGGUCAGGCCUCGGAUAUAGAGCACCUGCUGGAUGGGGCCACUAGUUGGUCCUGGCUGCUGGCCUGGCUGGAGCAGUCGGCCUUCCGGGAAGCCAUCGAUGCAGGCAAGGUAAUAUCCCCGCAACACUGCAGCAUCAAGUAUCCGCAGUGCAAGUGGGCUGUUCCGGAGGAGGAAAUCAUAGAGCUAUUUCGUAAAAAUGUGCAGUUUAAGUAA